UUGGUGGUUGUGCUGAGGAAGCCGGCCGCGGAAAUUCGACGCGAGUGGGUGCCGGAGGAGCGAGCGCUGCGCGACAGAUUAUCCUGUUGAACUAGAAGCGAGAGAGGUAAACAGAUUUGGCGGGUUUGCUUUCGUAUCGAGUUACAUCAGCCUAAACGACGCAAGAUGGGCCGCAAGGUGACGGUGGCGGUGGCCACGCUGAACCAGUGGGCGCUGGACUUUGAGGGCAACAUGUCCCGCAUCAUGGAAUCGAUCCUGGAGGCCCGCGAGCUGGGCGCCUCGUACCGGACCGGGCCCGAGCUGGAAGUGAGUGGUUACAGCUGCGAGGACCACUUCCACGAGUCGGACACGUACCUGCACUCGUGGGAGAUCCUGCUGGAGAUCAUGAUGUCGCCGGUCUGCCAGAACAUGCUGAUCGACGUCGGGAUGCCGGUGCAGCACCGGAACGUGGCGUACAACUGCCGGGUGGUGUUCCACAACAAGCGCAUCCUGCUGAUCCGCCCCAAGAUGGUGAUGUGCGACGACGGGAACUACCGCGAGACGCGCUGGUUUAGCUCGUGGACGAAGGAACGCCAAACCGAGGACUACUACCUGCCGCGGAUGAUCGCCACCGCAACCGGCCAGCACACGGUUCCCAUCGGGGAUGCCGUAAUCGCCACGCGCGACACCUGCCUGGGGUACGAGAUCUGCGAGGAGCUGUGGAAUCCGCGGAGCACCCACAUCGACAUGUCCCUGUCGGGGGUGGAGAUCAUCGUGAACAGCUCGGGGAGUUACAUGCAGCUGCGGAAGGCGUACAUUACGACGGAUUUGAUCCGGAACGCGAGCUUCAAGGCUGGCGGGAUGUAUUUGUUUAGUAAUUUGAGGGGGUGUGACGGGCAGCGGGUUUACUUCAACGGGUGUUCGGCGAUCGCGCUGAAUGGACAGAUUGUGGCGCGUGGGAAGCAGUUUGCGCUGGACGAUGUGGAGGUUACGACGGCCACGGUGGAUCUGGAGGACAUCCGGUCGUACCGGUUGGCGAUGCGGUCCCGCUGUACGGUUGCGGCGUCGACUCCGACUUAUCCGCGAGUUGACGUGGACUUUGAACUGUCGCAUCCCGGGGAUCUGAACAUGGUUCCGAACGGUCCGCUGGAGUGGAUCUACCACAGUGCGGAGGAGGAGAUCGCGCUGGGUCCGGCUUGCUGGCUGUGGGACUACCUGCGGCGUUCCGGCCAGGGUGGAUUCUUCCUGCCGUUGAGUGGUGGCGUCGAUUCCAGCAGCACCGCAAUCAUCGUUCACUCAAUGUGCCGGCAGGUUGUCAAGUCGGUCCUGCUCGGUGAUGUCCAAGUGCUGCACGACAUCCGCAAGAUCCUCGCCGAUCCGGACUUUACCCCGGACAACCCUGCGGCCCUGUGUAACCGCCUGCUCGUGACCUGCUACAUGGGCAGUGAAAACUCCAGCAAGGAAACGCGCCAACGAGCGACCACACUCUCCAACCAGAUCGGAAGUUACCACCUGGAGAUCAACAUUGACGGAGCGGUCAGCGCGCUGCUGGCGAUCUUCAACACCGUCACCGGAAUGAGACCGCUGUUCAAAGCGAACGGAGGUUGCCCCCGGCAGAACCUCGCCCUGCAGAACAUUCAGGCCCGAACGCGAAUGGUUCUGUCGUACCUGUUUGCGCAGCUUAUGCUGUGGGUUCGUAACCGGCCCGGGGGAUUGCUGGUGCUGGGGUCGGCCAACGUGGACGAAGCGCUGCGCGGGUACAUGACCAAGUACGACUGCUCGUCGGCGGACAUCAAUCCGAUCGGGGGCAUUUCGAAGACGGACUUGAAGCGGUUCCUGCUGUACGCGAAGGAGAAAUUCAGCAUCCCGAUCGUGGCGGAAAUCGUGACCGCUCCGCCCACCGCCGAGCUCGAGCCCCUCCACGGUGACGGCGCGCUCGCCCAAACCGACGAGCAGGACAUGGGCAUGACGUACGCCGAGCUCAGCCAGUUCGGUCGCCUGCGCAAGCAAGCCUACUGCGGUCCGUACAGCAUGUUCUGCAAGCUGGUGUCGACGUGGCGCGAUUGCUGCACGCCGCGCGAGAUCGCCGACAAGGUGAAGCACUUUUUCCGCUGCUACGCCAUCAACCGGCACAAGAUGACGGUGCUGACGCCGGCGUACCACGCCGAAUCGUACAGCCCCGACGAUAACCGGUUCGACCACCGGCCGUUCCUGUACCGCGCCAACUGGAGCUGGCAGUUCAAGUGCAUCGACGAGGAGCUGGAGCGGAUCCAGAGUCCGUUGCCGCCGCCACCGUCGUCGCUGCCGGCCGACGACCAGAAGUCGGUUUGCUCGUCGAACGCGCAGGACUCGCCCGGGUCGGGCCACAAGGACAACUCGCCGGUGUUCUUCCCGCCGGAGGGGCCGGGAGGUGGUGGGAUGACCAGCGCUGGGAGUGCCCACCAGCUCAACAACCAUCACGGAUCGUACGGUGGGGGGGUUGGGGGAGGCCACGAGGCGCUCAAGCUGACCAAGUCGCACAGCAGCGGAGGCUACUCGAAGAUGCACUCGAGCGUGAUGGGGAAGAUUAAGGAUCGGACCGGGGUGCCGGUUUAAGGGGGAGGAGGAGGAGUGGAGUCUUAAAAAUGGUGUCUUUCAAGUAAAAGGUGAGUUGGAGGAGGAUGCACAAUGACCGUAAAAAUGGUGUAGCACAAAUAGUUGUAGGUUGGAACAUCCUCGUGGAUAGCUUAGUAGGGAAAUUAAUCAACCGAAAAAAAAGUUAGAUAAAAAGGAAAUUUUCAACGAUAUAAAAACAGAUAUUCUAAAACAAACUUUGUGCGGCUCUCAACCUGGCAAAAAUUAUACUGAAGUUAGGACAAAUAUGUACACUAACAGAACUUUAAAUCACUGCACUUAA